UUUGUUUGGAAUGGCUGUCGCUGGAGUGGAGGGGUUGUAAUUGUAAUUGAGAACCCCUCUUUAGCACCCACCUCUCUCUCUCUCUGUUUCGCGCUUUUCCUUGUUUUAAUUCUUUCUGUUUCAAAACUAGUACCAUUUGCUGCUCACAUACAUACCAACUUUUGCACGUCUCCGCAUUAACUCUUUUAUUAUACGCACACCAAAUGUAUUUUUUUUUUUUACUUAUUUAACAGAAUGUGUGUUUCUGUGUGUGUGUUUUGUAUUCCAUUUCAGAUCAUGGAUUCAUUCUUUCUUAUGCUUUCUCUGCUGCUUUUGUUUCAUUUCUCAAGUGGGUUUAAUCAUCUUCUUCGCUUCCUCAUACUUUAAUCAAAUGAUUCCUUUCCAUUUUUUAUGGGAACAUCAAUUCUGGUGCAAAAUUUUCCACCUUUGGGUUUUAUUUUUAUGCAGUUUACUUGAAUUGGAUGAUUUCAUGGUGGAGGGUUUCACUUUAUUUCUUUUUGCUGGAACCCACUUCCUUGUUAUCAAUUAUAUGCAUGAUCAUCAUAGAAUGUUUACGGUAUUAGUUGAGAUUUUCAGUACUGGUAUUGGAUAAUGCCUUGUGUUUCUUUUCAAGCUCCGCGUUUCAGUAUUCUGAUGUAAUCUUGAGUCUGAUUUUAGCACAACUUCACUUUUCUCAUGCCUUCUUCUUCUUCUACUUCCCUUUGCCCUCUUUUCUUUUCUUUUUUUUUCCUUAUUGAAUGCAUUAUGGGUGUUUUCCCAUGAUGAUUAAGGAAGAGUAUUGUUGACUCGUAUAACAAGUUAGGACUCAUCCUCGGGAAAAAUGUCAUCUGUUAGAUGAAAAGAAACAGCAGGAACAGACUAUAUUCCUUAUUUCAUAAGAUUAUUAAAUGGGUAAUUUAUCUUCUGAUGUCUGAUAUGAGUGUUAUGUUUGUUUGGUAUCUAUUUUGCUCUUACAGGCAAUAACAAACAUACAUUUAAGCAAGACAGAUUAACUGCCACAGCUUGUUCCUCUACUAAGUAGCAAGCCCAACAAAUUGAUGACAACACAGAAGUCUUCAAUUCAAUCCCUUUGCUAGGCACAUAGAAUGGGAGUUGGUAGGAACACUCCUACCUUUUGUCUGAGUGAAACUUCUCCUUCUUGACGGAUGGCAUCUAAUGUGAAAUGGGCAAGAAAUUUGCAAAAAAGUCAACUUGGAGGCAUCAUAUUUGGUUGCACGAAAGACACUAUGAGAGAAUGCCUUGCCAAUCAACUCUUUGGUCUGCCAGCACAACACUUUUUAUAUGUGAAGAACAUUGAGCCAGGUUUGCCGCUAUUUUUGUUCAACUACAGUGAAAGAAAUCUUCAUGGCAUUUAUGAAGCUGCUAGCUCAGGGAAAAUGAGUAUUGAUUCAUAUGCUUGGACAGCAGAUGGUUCAGACAGAACGAAGUAUCCAGCUCAGGUCCAAAUACGUGUCCGCCUGCAAUGCCAAGCUCUUCCUGAGUAUCAGUUUAAGCCAAUAAUUAUUGACAACUAUUACAGUCAAAGCCAUUUCUGGUUUGAGUUAGACCAUGCUCAAGCAAGCAGGUUGAUGUCCAAAUUCUCCUCUUUAGGAGUUGCUCCAAGGCCCUUCAUACCACAAAAUCCGCCAAAGUGGAAUGUGAAGAUGCAGAGGUUUCCCUCAAAUGACAAGAGAGAGGAAAGUGGAGCGGCCGUGCCACCACCUUUGACAGAUGAUUUUGCUAACUCCAACGAUUCUAUUGGAACAUCAGUCACUUCAGAAGAUUCCGUCUGUUUGGACCAAAACAACCAAUUGAUGGAGCCAUCGUUACGCAACCAAAUGGUAGAAUUUGAUGAAAAGGGUCUUAUCUACAUGAAGUUGAAAGAAUUGUCACUCAGUUGUGAGUCUCGAGAUACAAAUAUGAUUGGACAUCUGUUAGGAGAUGCAUCCACAAGUGAAGUAGACUUGGAGCAUGAAACUCAUGAUGCUGAUAUGGUGAAUUCGGGAAAGAGGAGCGAUAGGAGUUCUCUUGAUUCACUUGAUUAUCCUGCUAUUAUAGCACAGUUGGUCAGGGAAAUGGAAGAGCUAAAGACUUUCAAGCAAGAGCAAACUGAAAAGAUGGAAAUUUUGGAAAAGAAGCUGGCUGAAGCAGAACAAGAAAUCCAUCGACUGGAAAAUAGAUGUGUGAUAUUGGAGUCUAUAUCUAAUACUUCAGUUAGGCUUUCUGGUGACAAUACGCCGAUUGAAUCUCCUGAUGGAUUUUAUUCGAAUCUUAACGAGUCUAUAUUAAUAGUGGGUGGAUAUGAUGGCAUAUCAUGGUCACCAGCAUUGCAUUCCUUCUUACCUUCCCAUGAUGUCUUGAGAUCUCUUAAGCCAAUGUCUUCUGCUCGAUCAUAUGCUUCAGUUGCGAGCUUUAAUGGAGAUCUUUAUGUAUUUGGUGGUGGAACUGGUUCUACAUGGUAUGAUACAGUUGGUGGCGGAAAUGGGGUUGAAUGCUUCUCAGAUGUAGAAAUGUUUGAUCCAUGUGUUGGACGAUGGAUUUCUGCACGCUCAAUGCUAGAAAAGCGAUUCGCCCUUGCUGCUGUCGAGCUCAAUGGUGCACUGUAUGUUGUUGGUGGAUAUGAUGGAAAUGACUAUUUGAAGUCUGCUGAAAGGUUCGACCCCAGAGAACAUUCCUGGAGCAGAAUUGAGAGUAUGGAUGCAAAGAGGGGCUGCCACUCAUUGGUAGCAAUGAAUGAGAAGUUAUAUGCCCUUGGUGGUUUUGAUGGGAUAACAAUGGUACCCAGUGUUGAGAUAUAUGAUCCUCGCCGCGGAACAUGGAUGACUGGGGAGCCUAUGAAUCAAGGCAGGGGAUAUUCAGCUGCUGCCGUUCUCAAGGACUCAAUUUAUGUUGUUGGAGGAGUAAAAACUGAUGAGGACAUAGUGGACAUGAUUGAGUGUUACAAGGAGGGUCAAGGUUGGGAAGCAACAAAAUUGAGGGCAGUAGGAAAGAGGUGCUUUGCCUCAGCUAUUGUAUUACAAGUGGAUUGAAGCAACGAGGGAUUGUUCUUGGGAUAGAAAUGUUGUUGCACGUUCUGAGGAGUAGGGCAGUUUGUUGGAUUAACCUCAUGUAGUGUACGUACAGACAUGAGAUGAGACAACAACAAAUAAUUACCCUCGCCCUGUUUGUAGCUAAUGAGCGAUUGAAGUGUUGUUCUGUAACGAGGAACAAACAACUGAAUCCUGAUAUGUAUGUUCAUAAGUUUACUCCAAACAAUACUAUAGCAAUGUCGUUGCAG